AUGGCCCCCAUCGAACGCAUCACUCUUUUCAACGUCCCCAAGGCGGAAGACCGUGCCCGCAUCUUGGAGCAGUACAAGGUUCUUGCGAAAACCGCUGUGAAGGAUGGGAAACCGUAUAUUCUCGGCGCGGCGGCUGGCGAGUCGUUCCCGGAUCCUCGUAACAAGGGAUUCAAUAUCUCUGUGAAGACGACCUUUGCCUCGAUGGAGGACAUGGAGUACUAUGAUAAUGAGUGUGAGGCGCACAAGGCGCUGAAGGCUGUGGCGGGGCCAGCGAAGGAAGAUGUUCUUACGACUUAUUUCGAGAGUGUUCUGUGA